GGAGGGCACACUGGGGCCUUCGGGCCGGGUUGGGGUGAUUUGGUGGGUGUUGCGUGCAUGUCGGCCGUCUGCUGGGCGCUCCCGCGUGCUCGCGGGGUUUCUGCGGCGUCACGUUCUCCCUGGGGCUCCAAGGGCCUUUUUUCCUGUCGGGGAGAGGGGGGGCGGCGAUGCUCCCGCAGGCCGCGCGGGCGGCCGGAGGAGGCAGGCGCCCCAGUCUGAGGACAGCGGGCGCGCGGCAGACAAGUCGGGCUGCAGGGCCGCGGGCGGGCGUAACUUUGCCCCCCGCCCGGCGCCCCACGCGCCGUCGCCACGCGCCAGAUAAUUCGACCCGCGCGCGCGGCGAAGGGUCGCGGAUGCAUGUGUGCAGGGCCGGGUGGGCCGGAGCACGCGACGAGAGGCCUGGCAGGCGGGGAGGGAGCCGAGGGGAUGAGGAGGAGGAGGAGGAGGAGGAGGAGGAGGAGGAGGUGGAGCAGCGCGAGGGGGAAGGCCCCUGGGAGCACGGAAGAAAAAAACGCAGUCGCUCGCGGGCGGGUGUGGCUUUGCCUCCCGCCCACGGGCUCCGAUCGGCGAUCAGGAUCGGACCUCCCUCGAGGAUCGAGGAUCGAGGACCGAGGAUCGAGAGGCGGGCGGCAGCCGAGCCCCCGCCUCAGAGGCUGCUCACUCCGGCUCCUCGCCCUUGCAGCCCUUGUGCUCCUUGCUGCAGCAGUACUCGAUCUUCUUCGGGGACCACGACAGCUCCAGGCAGUGCAUGCAGUGGUGAAUAGCCCGCGUUGCAGUCGUACACGCUGUUGUCCGGCUCCGGGGGUGCGUUGGAAGGGGGCGCGCCAGAGGGCGGGGGCAGCUCCGAC